AUGCUCACGGGAACUGCAUCCAUUCACAUUCUCGUUUCUUGCGCAUCAAUCGAAACUUUUUCCCCAGCCUCUUUCGGUGUCACACGACAACAGCACCGACUGAUCGACCUGUUCUUAAUGCUGGGAGCGGCCAGACUACCACAAAACGAAGUCAUCCGGUCUUCUACAUACGUGUUUAUUGUCAUCUUCGAUCUGACAUCACUACGCUUGCACCCUUGCACGAAUGAGACUACAUCCACCAGUGGCGCAAUAUUCCCUACCUUGGUUGGUUCGCAGUUCGUUCCUCUUCCGACUCCACCGGCCUCGAAGACACACGACUCGAACAACGGUUGUUCCGCAAAAUCCGACCGCCCCAUUCACAUACAUCCUCUUAUCCCCACCCUCCUUCCCCUCGGGCUUUAUCUCAGGAGGCCGCAUGUUCGCCGUGGCUUCCUUGUCCGUGUCCGAGUCCGCGUCCGCCGUCGUGUCCCCGUCUUCGCCAUCACGCUGGAUCCGAUAACCGACGCCGCGUCCAUCCUCCACUCGCAGCGUCAUAGGCGCCAGAACCGUCUUUUCGAUUUUCUCUUCGGUGAACGGCCCAGCAGUGGCAGUAGCAGUGGCAGUGGCAGUGGCAGUGACAGCAGCGGCUCGGCGCCGACGCGUUCCUCGAGGAAGGACAGACAUCUCCACUCUCUCUUUUGGCCCUUUCGUUUCUUUUCUUUCCAGCCCUGUCUCGCCGGGCCCUUACCCUCGCCUGCCCUCCCGCCUUUCCCCUACGACAUGUCUACCCGAAGCAAGCAGGCCGCCUCGCGCCCAACACCCGCCACCCCGCGCGUCGUCUCCCCGAGCCCGACGCCUUCCGAGCUACAAGAGGCAGCAGCAGCGUCGUCACAGGACGGCUACGCAGGCCCGACCACGCGCUCGGUUGCCCGCAGGCGGAAAGCGACAUCACAUCCGGUCGAGGAAAGGGAGGGGGACGAAGAUGAGGACUCGGAUCCCGUCGAACUGAGGAGAGCCCGCACCCGAAGCCGGUCUCCCAUGGAGAUGCGGAAGAUCGCCCCGAUGACGACUUCCGGCAAGAGUAAAUCUCCCGUACUUCCGAGCGAACCUAUUCCCAGCGCUGUCGGUGUCGGUAUCGCCGCGCCCAACGGCAGCACGAAGGCUUCGGCUCUCCCAACAAAAACAAACGGCCAUCUCGCCGUCCCCUCGGCCGCACCGUCCGGCUGGAGCUGGCGCGACUUCAGCCGCAGCCCCAGUCCGCUCGGCCUGAUACCCAUCCACCGGAAAUGGCGGACCUUCGUCCACAGGCACGAGGUGCCGAGGAAAGUCCUCCACGUCUCCAUCGGCUUCUUCACCAUCUGGCUCUACGUGUCGGGCACCCGGACCGUGGCCGUCGCGCCGUGGCUCAUGGCCGCGCUGAUCCCCAUCGCCGCCACCGACUACCUCCGCCACCACUUCGCCGGCUUCAACCGGUUCUACGUGUCCGUGCUCGGGGCGCUGAUGCGCGAGAGCGAAUACGCGGGCUACAACGGCGUCAUCUUCUACCUGCUCGGCGCCUGGAUCGUCCUCUACUUCUUCCCCAAGGACGUCGGCGUCAUGGGCGUCCUCCUCCUCAGCUGGUGCGACACGGCCGCCAGCACCUUCGGCCGCCUCUGGGGCUGCUACACCCCGCGCAUCCGCCGCGGCAAGUCCCUCGCCGGGUCCCUCGCGGCCUUCCUCGUCGGCGUCGGCUCGUCCGCCUUCUUCUGGGGGUGGCUCGCCCCCACCAUCGGGCCCAUGCCCGGCGACGAGACCUUCAUGUUCCGGAACGUCCUGCGGCUGCCCGAGGUGGCGUCGCACGCCCUGGGCUUGUCCGGUGCGCAGGCGGCCAUCACCGGCUCCUUGGCGCUGGCCGUCGUGAGCAUAUGGAGCGGCUUCGUGGCUGCCGCUAGUGAGGUGGUGGACCUCUUCGGGUGGGAUGAUAACCUCACCAUUCCCGUGCUCAGUGGCCUGGGCAUUUGGGGCUUCCUCAAGCUUUUUGGCUGA